AUGGCGGUCACCAAAAAAUACCCGAGCAUCAAGACUUCAAUCCUCGUCGACGGUGUCACCCUUGAGGAAUAUGAUGAUGACGAAGCACGGACUAGUUCGAACACAGUUACGAAGUACAUCGAGGCUAUUUCUGGAGCCGAGUUCGCAAUUCAGUGUCGUUUUGACAAACUGCCAGAGUACGAUGUGCGAAUUGACUUCUACCUGGAUGGGCACUAUGCCACUGCGAAAUAUGCGAUGCUGGACGAUUUUGAAGGGAGGUCUUCAACGAAGACAUCUUACGGUGUAAGAUCCAAUGAUGGCCACAAGUGGCAGGUGCACAACUACGCCUUCUCAAAUCUCCACACUGUCGACUCGGAUGGCAGACCUGUGGCAAAUCGGUUGAUGAAGGACCUCAAGCACAUGGGUGAAAUCACGGUCCGGCUUCAUUAUGUCAUCAAUCCUAGGCCAUCUCGUAGUGCAAAACCCAGCCCCAGGGUGAGCAGCUUGAAAGAUGUUCCAGAGAAGGCCCUCAAAGGAAGAGCCUUGACCCAUCAAACAAUGUUCCGUGCUCCUAAGCCCACCUUGGCGAGCAAGGUCGUCACAACCGACUAUGUGGAUCCUAGGAAGAUACCAUUUACAACGUUCAACUUCAAAUAUCGUUCGAGACACGCACUGAAGGCUCUCAUGAUUGUUCCACGCAGCCCCAGUCCGGCGCCACUUGAGGACCGAGACAUCGAUACUUUGACUCCUGAAGAGAUGAGACAGCUUCUGCGACGUCAGCGUGAAGGCGGGCAGGCACCUCAAGCCGUGAAGCAAGAACAAAGAGUCAAACAAGAACAAGGAGUCAAGCGCGAACGUACCAGAGGCCGGAGCAGCGCCACGUACGAUUUCGAUAGCGACGAUGAAGUGUCGUUCGUCUCUGCGAAACUUCGAAGACACCCGAUCGUUAUCGGUGAGGACGGUGCGGAGACGAUUGACUUGACUUGA